AUGGAGGACCUUCCUGAUAUUGAAUACAAACAUUUUCCAAUACUUAGCCUAUCUGACAUUGAUCUAUACACCAGUUCUGAAGAUACUCAAGAUAAAGAACAAACAGAUAGUACCGAAGAAUUAAGUGAUGAUGAAAUUGAUUUAGAAGAAAUGAACAGAACUUUUAGUCGAGUGUCACUUCAAGGCACAACAACAUUUAGCAAUGAAAUAAACAAACAACCUUCCCUAUUAAAGAUUAAAAAAAUGUCAUCAGCCCUCCAAAUGGGUAAUGAAAUCAUUGAACAACAAAGAAGACAAACUGAAAACAAACUUAGUUUAACAACAGAAAAAAGUUAUGAAAGAAUUGAAGAUAAUAAACUACAAAUAAAUAAUGAAGAAGAUGUAAAAGAAGAAAAAGAAAGUGAUGAAUGUUUAAAUAAUGUUUGUUAUUCAGUUGGCACUAUUGGAAGUGCUGCUGCCAUUGAGUCAAAUGAAGAUAUAGAUAAUAUCAUUGAUAUUAUUGACACAGCAAAUAGUCCUAAAUUUUCACUAAGUGAUUUUAUAAAAACUCAACUUUCUACAGAAGAUAUAGUCUCUGAACUAAAUCAAUGGCAUGGAGAAGAUGACAAGUUUUAUUUAAUAAUAUCAGAAUUAAACAGUAUAUAUUUUAGUUCAUUUCUUGUUCGUUAUUUAGGUGCCUUGAGACCAUUAUUAGAUUUUACUCCACGUAAUACUCUCAGUCAUUCUAUUAAAAACUCUUUACAAAGAAUUUCUGCUAAAAUAACAUCUUCUCCACGUUCUAAUUCCCCUUCACCUUCAGAACUUACAGAAGAAUACUGUAUUAAACUAUUACAAAAUAUCAAAGAUAUCCAACAACAAGAGAUUCUUGAAAAUUUAAUUUCACUUAAUAAAGGAAGAGAAUUACUUAGUUUUGCCUCUAAUUAUCAAAUGAAAGAAAUUCCAUCAUCUCCAUCUGAUUGUGCAUUGAUGUUAUUAUUUGUUAUUAACGAAUAUAAUAUGGGUUUUUUUACUCCAACACUACCAAGUAAACCUGAUUAUAAUAAACUUCAAAUGAAUGAAUUACGUGCAAUGAUUCUUUCAUUGUCAAAGAAACAAAAAACUAUCAUUGAAGGAAUAUUAGAAUUAUCAGAUGUUCCAUACAUUCAAAUCCUCGCUCUUUUUGGUUUGUUUAAUUCUGGACAAAGUGCAAUGGAACGAACAAAUGCUCUUCCUCAAGCAUGUUGUAUGUAUGAAGUAUUAAUGAAUAGAAGAAUUUAUUUGAUGGAGGGUGUUAUUAAUGGUAUUUCUAUUGCAAAUAAACAAAUAAAUUUAUGUACAUUACAAGCACUAAUUAAUAAAAUGUCUAUUCUUGAUGAUAAAAUGCUGACUAUUAUUUGUCAAACUCAUUCAUUAUUUUGUGAUUCAGAAGAAUUUAUUGAAAAACUUCGAACACGUCGUUUUUAUCAUUCUAUUGAAAUAUACAGAAAUGUUUUUAAAGAUAUCGAUAAAGAAAUAAACAUUCCUUUGCCAAUUACAGUUGAAUCAUUAUACAACAUACUUCUUCCUUAUCUUGAUAGUCCAAAAGUAUUAGCCCAAGCAAUUACAAUAGUAUUUAGUAAUGCUCUUUGUUUAAUUAAUCCAGUUGAUUUUAUUGUAGAAGAAAGUAAAGGAACAAUGUUCUAUAUUCAAACAGUUGAUUUAUUCCAACAAACAUUAUGUCACAUUUUACAAACUAAACCUUCUUCUGUUAAACACAUUAUCGCCUUAGGAAAAGAACUAAAAGACCUUAAUAAUUUUGAAGGGGCUGGUGCUGUUGGUCUAGCAAUCUCUUGUAGGUGUAGUGAUGCAGAACUUAAGAAAUUAAAAUCAAAAUAUAAACAAAUUAUUACAUCAUUAGCCACUAUGUUUAGGGCUCGAACAAAUGUUUAUACUAAAAUACUUAAUGCAGCUUCCUUUCCUAAAAUUCCUGUUUAUGCUUUCUCUAAAAAUGUUGUAGAAAUGUCAAAAGCAAAACCAACUUUUUGUGAAUUUUAUCCAGAUUACAUUGAUUUUGGUGGUAAAUGUUUACCAAUAGGAAAUAUCUGUUAUUUAUAUAAGUGUUGCCAAAUGAACCCUUAUCAAAUUAAACUUAAUGAUGACGUUUUACAAAAUAUAAUUGAUAAGUGGAUUGGUUUUCAUUAA